AUGAGGAUGGGUUCAUGGAUAUCGAAUUUAAAGAUAGUUUUAAGGAAGAAGAAAUCAAGAUCUUUAUGAAAGUAUUAAAAAAGAUAGUCGAACAUGGAGAAAGUAAAAAGAAUGAAUAUCAAAAUAUCAAGUCUACAUCCUUCUGUUCCGGUUUGACACAUCUUAAUAAAUAUGCAUUUCCAUAUUUCUCCAAAGUAUACAGCGAGUGGACUAUACGCAAGAAAACUGAUGAGAGGAUAAGUAGGAUCACUAAAGAAAACAAUAUGCUAAAACGUAAACUUAAUGUAAGAGAUAAUGACAAAGAGAUAAAUUCAUCUGAUGAAGGUGACACAGAAAAUAACAAUGAUAGACUUGAAUCAAGAUCCAAGACUGUUAAAAAUAGCGCAAAGAAACAGAUCCCAACAAAACAUGAUCUAUUACGUUUUAGAUAUCCAGAUCUAGGUAAUGGUACGGGAUUAAAAGCGGGAGAUAUCUAUGCAAUAGGAGAGAUAAUCGAUGAA